UACCGCAGUGACCCGUCCUGCGCGUCCGCGCUCUUCAUCAUCUCCAUCGUCUGAUUCUCCGCGGCGCGUCUCCAUCCUCUUCAUCCUCACCUCCUCUCCAUCAUGUCCGGUUCCAAGGAGGACGACCGAAAGGGCUCGAGCGAGUGGCGGGACUUCUUCUGGAAUCCGAGGACGCACGAGCUGCUCGGCCGGACCGCCGCCAGCUGGGGUCUGAUCCUGCUCUUCUACCUGAUCUUCUACCUGUUUCUGGCGGGCAUGUUCGCUCUCACCAUGUACAUCAUGCUGCUGACUCUCGACGACUACAAACCCACCUGGCAGGACCAGCUGUCCACUCCAGGGGUGAUGAUUCGUCCAAAGGGGAACCAGCUGGAGAUCACCUUCUCCACCUCAGACACCGAGAGCUGGGAUGGCUUCGUCCACAAUCUCAACACCUUCCUGUCUCCGUACAACGACAGCUAUCAGGUUCAGACCAAUGAUAACUGCGCUCCUGAUGAGUACUUUAUCCAGGAGGACAGCGGAGAGGUGAGGAACAACCCCAAACGUUCCUGUCAGUUCAAUCGGACCAUGUUGGAGGAGUGUUCGGGGGUGUUGGAUCGUUUCUAUGGUUACGACAAAGGACAGCCCUGCAUCCUCAUCAAAUUGAAUAGGGUGAUUAAUAUGCGACCUGGGAAGGACAGACAGUCUCCUUAUGUCACCUGUGCAGCAAAGAGCUACAAAGUGGGGGAAGAUGAGUGGAAGGAGGACAGCGAUAAGAUCGGACCGUUGGCUUAUUAUCCUCCAAAUGGAACCUUCAACCUCAUGUACUACCCGUACUAUGGCAAGAAAGCUCAGGUGAACUACACUCAGCCGCUGGUAGCCGUGAAGUUCCUGAACGCCUCUCUGAACACUGACAUCAACGUGGAGUGUAAAGUGACCUCCAACACGCUCGCCGUCGGCAGCGACAGGGACAAGUUUGCCGGACGGGUCUCCUUCAAGCUCCGAAUCAACGACAAAUAGACACACACACUCACGCACGCACGCACACGUUAAAACCGCAUCAUCCAGAUGUUUCCACUUCCUGUUACAGCCUCACACUGACCUGCUGUUUUUUUAUGUAUAACAUUUCACGAUGCGUUCACUGACCAGAGUCAAGAUGCAUUCACUGACUGUUUAAAGUGUCUGUUUUCCAGUUAGUCGAGUACUUUUCCUUUCUCUGAUAUGAUCCUCAGUGCACCUUUAACUCAGACACACCCACCCCCAGACUGACCAAUCAGCAUGCAUACACUCUCUGAUGUCACUGCCAGUGGAGACAGACGAUGGGCCGGUCUUUGCCUCCAAAGAGCUAAUUAUCAAUCUCACAGUGUACGUUGUCACUUUAUUUAUUUAUUUAUUGUUUAUUUAUCUGUUGUUUAUGAUGACUUUUGUUUGUUUACACUGCAGUCGUUGCUGUUUAAGAAGCGAAACAAAUUAAAAUCAGAGCUGAAACAUAUCAGUAAUCAGCUGAGAAACGGGGGAUUAGUGGUACCACUGCCAUUAUUGGUUCUGGAUUUUUGUAUUGACUCCUGAUUAAUUUUGUGUGUGGACACUGACUGCUGCCAGCUUCCUGUUGUGAGCUUCCAGCAGUGUGACAUCAUGGGACAUCAGAUUAUUCUGAUCAGUUUGGGUCCAGCUCUUGAUUCUCACCCAGUCCAGACACCAGUUCAUUAACUGGUUUCUCUUUUCAGCCAUGCUAAACCUCUGGCUCCUUGUUUGUUGGCAUGGAAACAGCUGAAUUCACAGCCAAUCAGAAGCCAGCUUUAUUUUCAGCAGCUUUGGGGUUUGAUGUCACAUUUUCUUCUUUUCCUUUUUAGUCUGUGUGGGUGCAGCUGAUUGGCUCGUUAGUUAUUUAGAUAAUCAAUUAGUGCACACCUGGAUGAGUUAGUUUAGUUAACCAGUUAGUUAAUGAGUCAUUAGUAUUUUUGUUUAUUGUUGAUUUGUUUACAUGUUUGCUUUUGUUUACUACUUCCACCACAGGGCUGAGCAUGACAACAGCAUACACACACAUACACACACACACACUCUGCUGUCACCUGUCGAUCACUCUGCCAUGCCCGUGGAAAUACCCCUCCCCCACCUGUCCUGCUCUCCACCAAACAUCUUCCUUUGGAAAGGGUCCAGCCAAUCAGAGGGUCCUGCUGUAUGAUGUCAUAUGCUGUUACCUGUUUGUGACUGGUUGAUUUCUCCUGCCUGAAAAUGUCCUUGUGUUAAACAGAGAUGAAAAAACAACAAAUAAACAAAAACAACAAAAAUCA